ACCUGAUGCAGUAGAUUAUGUACUAUAUACAGCACAGUCUUAUUUAGUCUCAUUAAACCAAUCACUGAUUGUACAAAUUUAUUUAUUACUUUAUUAUUUGUCACUCCGACGCAUUUUAAUUAAAAAGAUGCAGUUCUGACAUUUUUUAGGCUUUACUUCCCAGCAGGAAGUGAUGCUGCUGGGAAACUCUUCAGUAAAGAGUGACGGUGACAGUGUUAAAUCUAAGGCAUGAAAAUGGAAACAUAGCUUUAAAGUACCAAUAAAAUUCAAGUUAAAAAAAAAGGAAAGCCUAAAACAUCACCAAAAAGUUAAAUGAGUAAUUCUUGGUUUACUGAUAACUGAUUAUGCAGGUCAUUGCUCCACUGGGAAUCAGAGUGAUUCUUGUUAAUAUACGUAGUAAUCCAGAAAAUGUUUGACUCGUUUCCCUGUUUCAGAACCUCUCUACCAGACGUACCGGGCUUCUGUCAUCACAAAGGAGAUCCGGCGCCAGACAGUUUGCCGUAACAUCAGCAAAACUAGUGCGGACUAUGCUAUGGACCACCCCGGUCGUCGACCUGGGACUGGAACCGGAAACGGGUUCGGGACUGGUAAUGGAGGACCGAGGGGCAGCCCGGUGCCCACACCGACUCAGAGCACUCUGUGGCAGGAACUCCCAAAUGUGCGGGACAGCGGGGUGCUGGAGAAUCUCAGCUCUGACCAGUGCAAGUACCAGGAGAGUAUGUUUGAGGUCCUGACAUCAGAGAUCUCUUACUUGCGAUCUCUUCAUGUUCUGACCGAACACUUCAUGGAGAGCCGGGAGCUGGAAGAGACAAUGAUCAUCAGAGACAGGAAGACGCUCUUCUCCAACAUCCUGAAGAUCCGUGAGGUCAGCGAGAGAUUCUUGAAAGACUUGGACGAACGCAUAUUUCAGAACGUGGUGUUCUCUGACAUUUGUGAUAUAAUCAACUACCACGCCAAGCACAACUUCCCCGCCUACAUCGACUACGUACGCAACCAGAUCUACCAGGAAAAGAUAUUCACUGAGCUCAUGAAGAGCAAUCUGCAGUUCAGUGCAGUCAUCACUCGUCUCCAAGAGUCGCCUCAGUGCCAGCGGCUGCCCUUCAUGUCUUUCUUGCUACUGCCCUUCCAGCGAAUAACACGCAUCAAAAUGCUCAUUGAGAACAUCCUGAAGAGAACAAAAGAGGGGACGAAAGAGGAGGAGACAGCCUCAAAGGCUUUGGCCUCUGUGUCCAAGAUCAUUGACAUUUGUAACACAGAGGUGGGAAAGAUGAAACAGAUGGAGGAGCUUAUUCAUAUCUCUACGACACUGGAGUUUGACAAGCUCAAGGCCAUCCCCAUCAUCUCCCAGACUCGAUAUCUGGAGAAAAGGGAGAGCUCCAGGAAAUGUCCAAAGGAGCGACUCUCUUCAACAUGAGGGCAAAGUUCACUCCUGUCUACUUCUUCCUGUUCAACGACCUGCUCGUCAUUGCUGCCAAAAAGGGGUCAGACAUGGACAGGUGGAUGGCAGCUUUCCCCAACACCACCAACCAAGAGAGAGAUGAUAAGGAAGUGAUUUACGAGGACUGGGACUGUCCUCAGGUGCAGUGCGUGGAACAGUACAUUGCCCAGCAAGCGGACGAGCUCAACCUGGAGCCCACUGAGAUCAUCAACGUUA